CAAAAACCUUCGUUUUUUAAGCCUGUUUUUAAGGAACUUUACAAAUUUGUAAAAGUAAAAAUUAAAUUUUUAAAAAAGUUUUCAAAAAAAAACACAAGUUCAAAAGAAACAAGAACAAUACACCCGAGUGUAAUAAAAAAUGAAAAAGAUGAUCUAAUAAAUAACCAGAUAAUGAAUCAACCCUUGAGUAAAAUUGAAAAAAUUACAGAUUGGAAAAAUUAUUCACCGAUAGACAAAAUGCAGGCUAUCACUCAUAGGACAAGUACAAUUAAAAAAAAACUAGAAAGAAUUACGGAAGAUAAGAAAAGGGUCACUCUAGAACUUGAUAUGAACCCUUACAAAAAAAGUUCGAGAUUAGCCUUGUCAAAAAAUUUUUGUCAAAUGUUGAAAAAAAAAAAAAAUAGAUUAAUAUAUAAAUUUAAUUAUUUUAUAAAAUUAUUUAUUCAAAGAAUAUCUAAUUGUAUUUUUUUAUAUACUAUAUCUAUUUGCCAAAUGACUCAAAAAGUCUUUGUGGAAUCAACAAAAAUGAACUCUCUUUCAAAUUCAAAUAUAAAAACGCAUAAUAAUAAGCUUUAUAAGGAAAAUUCAGAGAGUUUUGGUGAUUUAUCCAACUUGUCACAAGCAUAUGUAUUGUACAAAAUAUCAGAAAGGGGUUUUUUGAACGUACGUAAUUUCAUAUCUGUUCUUCAACAAAAUGGAACAUCUUUCUUGAUUAAAAAGAAAAUAAAAGACUCAUUUCAUACACAAGGAAUACUUCCAUCUGAAGGAAUAAAAAAACAACUUAAGCGGCCUAGAACGAGUCAAUGGAAAUUUUGGUUAUAAAGGGAAUUCUCACUACGAUUUAUCUCCUAAUUUCUGGUCUGCCUUAAGAUCACAAAAACAAAAAUGGAGAAAUAGGGCGAAUCGCUAUCGUAGGUCUAAACAAAAAUAUUUAGACAAAAGGACUUCCGGUAAAAAAUUAAAAUUAAAUACUUACAGGAAACAAAAGGAUGCUAACUCAGUCUUGAAUAAAAAAACAAAAGAUAAUUUAAAAAAAUGCUAUCGAUAUGAUCUUUUAGCAUAUCAAUACAUUCAGUAUGAAAAAAAUAGUGGAACCCCUCCAGGAGCUAAACGGGAAGCAAUUUCUUAUCAUUACAAGAUGUCACAAAACAACUUGUUUGCGAUAACGAAAAAUAUUCCUAUCACUAGUUUCAGAGGAAAAAUAGAAAGGUUAAAUAUUCCAUAUCCAAAAAAAGAUGUCGAUAGAAAAUAUUUGAAUUGGAAAAAUAUUGAUUUUUCU